ACACUGUUCACAUGUCUGCAAAAGUCAGCACAUAUUUGUACAAAAUGACGGGACUAAAAAUGGCAGAUAAGAUAAAAUUGGACAAAGUGUAUAACCAAGAGGAUUGUACUCCAGCUAGAGGAGAACACAAACGCUCUGCAUUCGCCCUGAUUGCUGCACUCUCCACCGCUUUGGUUCUUGGUGCCGUUUUUGCUGGGGUAAUAUUCCAUCUCCAAGCCGAGAAAAGUUCCGCAAAUCAAGAGUGGAUUUCGUGGAAGCGUCUCCAUGGCAACAUAGCGACUCACGAGUCGGUUGUCAUCAACGUGAAGGAACGGACCAUACUGAUGGUGUCGGCCGAGGCUUACAGACUCAACGCUCAAAACUCUCUGGCCCUGCAUGACUUCAAAGUGGGUUAUGUUGCCCUGAGAGAAUUCAAAAGGAACCGUUGUUUCGUGACUAAAGUUUCACAUCCGGAUUUUGAGGCUGUUAAAACUACCGUCGAAGCGAGACAGGGACGAGAUCUGGCUCCACAGAAAGUGAAACUCGCCAGACUCCGGCCUGGGAAUAUGACGUCAUCAGAGUUAGGCCCCACACUGAGCCAAUUCUGCGCCGGCGUGCCCGCUGUCUGGUUUGAUCUUACCGAUGACACAGGAAUUACAAAGAGGCGUGCUGACGACCAACAAAGCCACGAGAGACUCAACUGCGUGUAUUAUGAGAUUGAUCUACCUUUCUGGGACAGUUCAGUUGAUUAAUGAUAUUUCAAAACCAACAGAGCAAAAUGAGAGGCGUCCACAUAAGCUCCUAGUUAUACAACACGCCAACGGAUACAGGCAAAAUGAUUUUGUAAAAGAUACAUCUAAAACGUAAAGAAAGUUUACAUACACAUCAGGUGUGUGUAUGUCCUAUAUUAUUUCAAGAUCAUGAUGGUUUUCUUUUUCUUUUCUUUUUUUGCCUCUAAGGCUCCAGGCUGUAUAUUGUAUAUCGGCCAUAAUACUGACCUGAUGACUUUAGCCUAGGCUAGAGAUAAUGCUGAUGACUUUAGACUAGGCUAGAGACAAUGCUGAUGGCUUUAUCCUAAGCUAGAGAUAAUGCACAAGCCCAUUACAUUUUCACCUACCAGCCUAUUAAUUUACAGCUAGCAGUCUACUGCAUUUACACCUACGCAUUUGCUACAUUUUCACAUACCAGCCUACUAGAUUUACACCUACCGUCUACUACAUUUACACCGACCUGUCAACUACAACUACACAUUCCCGCCUGCUACAUUUGCCUGUCAACUACUUCUACACCUACUAGUACACUACAUUUAUACCUACAUGUACUACUCCUGUAUACUUACACCUACCAUUCCACUACAUUUACACCUACCCGCCUGCUAGAUUUGCCUGUCAACUACAUCUACAUCUACUAGUUUACUACAUUAACAACUACAUGUACAAGUCCUCUACAUCUACACCUACUAGACCACUAAAUUUGCACCUACAUUUACUAGUCAUUUUCAUUUACACCUGCCUGUCUGCUAUAUUUGCACCUAUUCGUCUACUAAAUUUGCACCAAUCCGUCUACUACAUUUACACCUACCUGUCCACUACAUUUGCACCUAACCGAGUACUACAUUUGCACCUACCCGUGUACUACAUUUGCACCUAACAGUCUACUGCAUUUACACCUAGCAGCUACUACAUUUGCACCCACAUUUAUUAGACAUAUACAUUUACACCUACCUGUCUACUACAGUUGCACCCACCCGUCUACUACAUUUGCAGCUAACUGUCUACUACAUUUACACAUGGGCCUCCGUGCCCUAGUUGAUUAGCGCUCUAGUGGGGUAGUUGUGAGUUUAAGUUCAGCUCAUGAUGUCUUCCUCUCCGGCCGUACGUUGUCUUCCAGCAACCUGCGGAUGGUCGUGGAUUUCGACAGGCCUAUGUCCGGUUUCCACCCACCAUAAUUCUGGCCGCCAUCGUAUAAGUGAAAUAUUCUUGAGUACGGCGUAAAACAUCAAUCAAAUAAAUCGAAUAAAAAUAUAUUUACACCUUGCGGUCCACUACAUUUACGCCUACCCGCCUAUUACAGUUACAUAUAUUAGUCCACUACAUCUGUCAGUCUACUGACACAGGAGCCUCUUAACAAUGCGUUCGUUGUAAGAUCAAGACCAGCUCAUGCUGGCUUUUUUCCAACAGUGCGUUUUGAAGGUCUAGCAGCAACAUACGGUUGGUUGUUGAGUUUCCACCGGGCUCAGUCCGGUUUACUCCCACUAUGAAGCUGGUCACCACCGUGUAAGUGAAAUAUUUUUCAAGUGUUGCGUGGUUAGAUAUGCUUAACCUACCCCCUCCUUACCCCCACAAACAUUUUAAACUUGCUAGGGUGAAUUUAGUGCUGGAAAUUCAAAGUAUAUACUUGGCGCCUCGUUGAAAAAUUUCAGUUCCUUCUGAUAAGAACAAGUAUUUCUUUGAAAUUCUUAAUUUCCUUUCAAACAGAUGAGGCUGUUUUACGAAGUUUUUGACUUAGUGAGAAAAAAAUCGUCUAAGACGCUCGUCUGUAUGUGUCGUAGAAAACACGUUCAACCGCAAUGUUAUACUCGGAAUCACCACUUCUACACCCUGUGCACUAACUUCUAAUCUUUUCGUUCUGACCCUCGCCCAGUAUGUUGGAGUAAACUUUCAAAACCCUAUAAUCUUCAACAUGUCACUUUUACGCCUCUAUGCUCCUCAGAUCCCUUCUCUGGUUGCCCCAAAAUGGUUGAAAUCUUGAUUACGGUCUUGUAGAGUUGCAGACCUUCCGACUCGUAUGCAGCCCCUUGGACUCUCGCCUGAAGUCCACACCACAUUUUGAAUUUCCCUCCGACACCACUGAUGUAUAGAUUAUAUACACUGAUAUAGGCAACACGCUAAUGGUGUAUAGAUUAUAUACACUGAUAUAUGCAACACGUCACUGGUGUAUAGAUUAUAUACACUGAUAUAGGCAACACGCUACUGGUGUAUAGAUUAUAUACACUGAUGUAUGCAACACGUCACUGGUGUAUAGAUUAUAUACACUGAUAUAGGCAACACGUCACUGGUAUAUAGAUUAUAUACACUGAUAUAGGAAACACGCCUCUGGUGUAUAGAUUGUAUUCAUUGAUAUAGGAAACACGCCACUUGUGUAUAGAUUAUAUACACUGAUAUAGGAAACACGUCACUUGUGUAUAGAUUAUAUACACUGGUAUAGGAAACACGCCCCUUGUGUAUAGAUUAUAUACACUGAUAUAGGAAACACGUCACUGGUGUAUAGAUUAUAUACACUGAUAUAGGCAACACGCUACUGGUGUAUAGAUUAUAUACACUGAUAUAUGCAACACGUCACUGGUGUAUAGAUUAUAUACACUGAUAUAGGCAACACGUCACUGGUAUAUAGAUUAUAUACACUGAUAUAGGAAACACGCCUCUGGUGUAUAGAUUGUAUUCAUUGAUAUAGGAAACACGCCACUUGUGUAUAGAUUAUAUACACUGAUAUAGGAAACACGUCACUUGUGUAUAGAUUAUAUACACUGGUAUAGGAAAAACACCUCUGGUGUAUAGAUUGUAUUCACUGAUAUAGGAAACACGCCACUUGUGUAUAGAUUAUAUACACUGAUAUAGGAAACACGUCACUUGUGUAUAGAUUAUAUACACUGGUAUAGGAAACACGCCCCUUGUGUAUAGAUUAUAUACACUGAUAUAGGAAACACGUCACUGGUGUAUAGAUUAUAUACACUGAUAUAGGCAACACGCUACUGGUGUAUAGAUUAUAUACACUGAUAUAUGCAACACGUCACUGGUGUAUAGAUUAUAUACACUGAUAUAGGCAACACGUCACUGGUAUAUAGAUUAUAUACACUGAUAUAGGAAACACGCCUCUGGUGUAUAGAUUGUAUUCAUUGAUAUAGGAAACACGCCACUUGUGUAUAGAUUAUAUACACUGAUAUAGGAAACACGUCACUUGUGUAUAGAUUAUAUACACUGGUAUAGGAAACACGCCUCUGGUGUAUAGAUUGUAUUCACUGAUAUAGGAAACACGCCACUUGUGUAUAGAUUAUAUACACUGAUAUAGGAAACACGUCACUUGUGUAUAGAUUAUAUACACUGGUAUAGGAAACACGCCACUUGUGUAUAGAUUAUAUACACUGAUAUAGGAAACACGCCACUUGUGUAUAGAUUAUAUACACUGAUAAAGAGAUUAAUACUCUAUCAUACUCAAAACUCAUUAGCUCCCCAUGACUCAAAGUGUUGCGUUGUAACAAAAUAUAACAUGACGUCAACAGUACUAGUAGCUUUACAAUCUCAAAAUAGUGUUUUUUGUUAUUUAAUGUGAAUUGAGUGAUUAAUUUUACGAAGUGCUCAAGCCUUUUUAACAUAUGGUGUCGGUCUGGUUUUUAAGUGGUGGAAAAUCGGAGUCCCCGGUGUAAGGUACCAACCUUCGAAAUCAUAUCACAGUUCAAAUCCGCACUCACAACAGCCGGUAUCAAACAGCACUCCU